AUGCUGUUGGAGUAUUCCUUUUCCCGCUUGCUGCUCCACUUUUCAGGAUAUCAACGGCGCAAUGGCCAUGUUGCGCUCCUGUCAUCCCCAGCUAUCACCAAACGAAAACUUCGAACCAGCUACAUUUACCAUCAUCUAGUCGCAUACCCAGAGGACCCCAAGGAGCAGCAAACCGCCCACUCGCCACCUCCGAGACCACAGCACACCUCCUCGUCCACUUGCCUCCCUGCAGACGACUGCCGCGCAAACGGGACCCACGGCAUUUCUCCCUUUCGCAGCAAGCCAACCCUCCUCAUCCUCCACACGACCAGCAGGAACACGGCGGCGCCGCACGCGAGGCAGGCCAUGGCCAGACCGAGGCUUAUGCCCAUGCUUGCCGCAAUCUCCUUCUCUCGCAGGCGGCCCGACCAAGGUGCUGAAUUGGGCUGCCGAGCGAGUGUCAACGAUGAAAUGGCGGCUGUGGGUGGCAUUUUCUGGAGGCAUAGGUGCAUCUCGUUGCGAAUUUGGUUCUGA